UGGUCAUUUUAGUUUUUGAGUGCUAUUUUUGUGAUAUAAACUUAGAAAUGUGCUAUUUUGGAGAUUUGCCCAAUUAUUUUGGGUUAGUAUGAAAUGUUUAUCCAUUUUAUAAGACGAAACAUUUUUCAAUUCUAAUAAUAUAAUUUUAACCAUUUUUAUUAAUUAAGAAACUGUUUCUUAAAUUUUUUUCUAAAUCUGAAACCAGCCGUUACUAAUAAAUAACUAAUAUGAUAUGACGUAAAUUAUUCCUCCCAACUAAUUUUUUUUUUUUUGAACUUUGGCUUCCUCCCAACUAAAAUUGAACUAAACAAAACUAUUUUUUUGCGCGAAACCAAUAUCCCAGUACACCAUUAAUAACUUUAACCAUUUCAUUAUGUGGAAUUGAAUGAUUUAGAGAACUUGGAACCGGUUUCCCAAACCCGGUUUAUCAACUCCUAAGCAGAGCGAACCGAUGCUCGUUACGUCCAUGCAGUAUCUAAAACAGUGGACGUCCACCACAUUUGAGGCUCAUACUGUCGUAUAUACAUGUUGUGUUGUUGAUUACGAUGUCUAUGCGGCAGGUUAUGAAUAGUUUUUUUUUUCAAAUUAAUCACAACAAAUUAUUUUAAUGUGUGUAUAUAUUUAUAUAAUGCUUGGUAAUGUCCUACACGGACCGUUAUCAAGCCGCAAUUGACGCUUUUGAAAUACACUUGAGAGAAAGAUAAUUAAAAACAAUAUGAACUCAAAAGCCUUACAGCGAAGAACAGCAAAUAAAGUUCAAAAUCAAACUCUCAAAAUAUUAAAUUCAUAUAUUUUCAUUUUGCUUGUGUUCUCUAGAUUCGCUAUCGACAGAAUCAUAUUUAGUAUUAUUCUCGCCUUGACGAAACUGAUGAUGUAAUAUUAUUUAAGAAUAUAAAAACAGUAUAUAUACACCAAAUGAUUAAGAAUUCAUAUUUUUGGUUAAAAGUUAACCAUAGUAGACUGAUCACGGAUAAUACUAAUAUCAUAUGUAACAGGAUUUGAAUAGAGUAACUUUUCAUAUUUGAAAGUAAGUAAAGAUUCACAAUAAUGUAGCAAGUUGUUAUUGAAUGAUUUACAGUGAGUUAUUACUUUCUAGCAUUUUUAUUGGUGAAUGAAAAGCUGCCUCUGGUGACCACAUAAUGGAUGGGAUUGGGAGUUGUGUUAUUGUCAUUACAAAAAUAAAUUUUGUAGCUUCGACCAAAACUGUUAUUGUAGUGGAGAUUUGUGUUACUUUAAUGAUGGUUUUGAUAUUAAAGUUUGGACGACCCACAUCUAAUGUUUUAAUUUCCAUCUUCAUUUGUCAUAUAAAAGUAGAUGUAUAUCAAUUCAACAAGCUGCCAAAACUAGUAUUGCCUAUAACUAUUCAAAAUGAUUUUGACUUGUAAGUUCAGCGACCCAUAUCUAAUUUCCAUCUUAAAUUGUCUUAUGAUGUGAUGAAGUACAUUUAUCACAAAUCAACAGGUUGGCAGAAGUAACAUCGCUAUGAAUAUUCAACGAUCAAAGAGUUAUAUCCUCAAGUGCUAAAAAAAGUUUGGUGUUCAAUGGGUAAUCAAGUCUCGUUUAUUUUCUUAAUAAAUUUAAAAUAAGAAUAGGAAUUGAUUGUUACAACCAACAUAUACAACAAGAUAUUUAAACUAUGGUCAUCUGGUUAUCGUCUAUUAAUUUCCUCUUUCAGACAAAAAGAAUCUUCGUGUGUUGGGUUUUAUCAAUAUCAUUAAGACAUGGUUAUGAACAUAAACAUAUAGAUCAAAUACUUUACGUUCAACCGAUGGUAUAUAAUCCUGAUUUAACAGCAUUAUUUGAAAAAUUAUACUGUAUGGUUGAUUUAUUAUAACUUUAUCAUGAGACAAACAGUGGCCUAUAUCACGAAUUCACAUGAAUUUAUUUAAUGAUGUCCUCUUGAGAGCUUGGACACAAAGAAGAAGAAGAAUACUUCUAAUGUAAAAAACAAAGGAGUGUAAACAAUUUUCAAACUGAUCUGCGCUCCAACGUUCGAAAUGAAACUAGGAUCCUCGUGAUUCAUCCAACGGUCACAAUUCUCCAUGUGAAUCUCUUCAAGACUUGUUUUGUAAAUUUUCAAAAAACAAAUAUUAUACUCUUUUUCACCAAGGCUAUAAGUAAAGGUGGAUCAUUUUUCUAGAUCCAACCAGACUUAAUCCAUCAAUUGUUUGAUUAAAGUGAAAAAGAAAAUACUUUUUGCAGCUCAUUCGUUUUUUUCUUUAUUUAUUUUUUUUGUGGAUGGAUCAUUAUACCUUCUUGUCUAAGUGAAGGAACAAUAAUAAAGAGUUUUUUUUUUUAAUUAUCCAAAUUCAAGUCAAAGUUAACUCCUGUCAGUUUCUUUUGUCCGAGCAAAAAUCUUUAUUUUUAACCACUUUUGCGUUAAGCUGAUCACCAAAACCCAUUUUUCCCAAAAUGCAAAACCUGAGAUGGGUUUUGAAUCUCUUGUUUGUUUCAUCUCUUCUUCAUAAUCUUGUUCACUCCUCAUCACAAGUAAUCUGCUCAAGCCAAGACAGAGCAGCACUUCUCGCUUUCAAAUCAAGCAUCGUCGAGGACACAACUGGAGUUCUGUCUUCAUGGGUCGGCCAAGAUUGUUGCAAUGGAGACUGGGAAGGCGUUCUAUGCAACCCAGCCACAGGGAAAGUCACAAGCUUGGUGCUGCAAAGCUCCUUGACCGAACCUACUCUUUACAUGAAAGGCACAUUAUCACCUUCACUGGGGAGUCUCGGAUCUCUCCAGGUUUUGGUCAUUAGUGGUAACAAAUUCAUCACUGGUUCGAUUCCCAACAGCUUCUCAAACUUAACUAGUCUUACCCAGCUCGCGCUAGAAGAUAAUUCUCUCCGUGGCAGUGUUCCUACUGGCUUAGGCCACCUUCCAAUGCUGGAAUCUCUUUCAUUGGCUGGAAACCGCUUCUCAGGUGUUGUCCCGGCUAGUUUGGGGAGCUUAAGAAGCCUUACCACGAUGAGUUUGGCUCGAAACUCUCUGUCAGGUCCAGUCCCUGUGGCGUUCAAGAACCUCCUCAAGCUUCAGAUUCUUGAUCUCAGCUUCAAUUUGUUGUCUGGACCAAUCCCGGAUUUCAUAGGCCAGUUUCGGGAUCUAACCACUCUUCAUCUCUCUAGCAACAGACUAUCCGGGGGAAUACCAGUUUCUGUUUAUAACUUGGGGAAGCUUCAAGACAUGUCGUUGGAGCGAAAUGAUCUGACCGGGCCACUCUCUGACCGAAUCAGCAAUUUGAAGUCGCUUUCUAUCCUUGACUUGAGCAGCAACAAGUUCGUUGGUCACAUACCAGCAUCCAUUACAAGGCUGCAGAAUCUCUGGUCUCUCAAUCUCUCCAGAAACCAUUUCUCUGAUCCUCUGCCUGUUGUUGUAGGCAGAGGAUUUCCUUCUUUACUGUCGAUAGAUCUUUCCUACAACAACCUUAAUCUUGGAGAAGUUCCAAGCUGGAUCAGAGACAAGCCACUCACAGAGAUCAACUUAGCUGGUUGCAAACUGAGAGGGGAUUUUCCGAAGCUAACAAGACCGCACGACGUGACCUCGCUAGACUUGUCUGAUAACUUUCUCACAGGUGAUGUUUCAGCUCUUCUCACCAACAUGAGCAGUCUUCAGAAACUAAAGCUCUCAAAGAACCAGCUCAAGUUCGAUCUCUCCGAGCUCAAGUUGCCGGAAGGGGUGUCUUCCGUUGAUCUAAGUUCAAAUCUCGUGACAGGGUCGCUUUCAAGCCUGUUAAACAACAAGACAAGCCGGUUCUUGGAAGAGGUACAUCUCACCAACAACCAAAUCUCAGGGAGGAUCCCUGACUUCGCAGAGAGCUCGAACCUCAAAGUACUCAACAUAGGGAGCAACAAAAUCGGUGGACAAAUCCCGAGUUCAAUAUCAAACCUUGUUGAACUUGUGAGACUAGACAUCUCAAGGAAUCACAUCACAGGAGUCAUACCUCAAGCUUUAGGACAGCUCGCCCAGCUGAACUGGCUUGACCUCUCGAUCAAUGCACUUACAGGAAGAAUCCCAGACAGCUUGUUGAACAUCAAGGCAGUGAAACAUGCGAGUUUCAGGGCCAACAAACUGUGCGGACUGAUUCCACAAGGAAGACCAUUCAACAUCUUUCCUGCAGCUGCUUAUCUGCAUAACCUUUGCUUGUGUGGCAAGCCGUUACCACCUUGCAGGAAGACUGAGAAGUGAAAGCAAACACACGUUUUGAAGUGGCCAGUCCAACCGCUGACUUGAUCUUAAUCCCAUCACUUUACGCAUUUUCUUCAAAAAAAAUAGAUGAUAUCUUCUAUUUGUCUUUUACUCUUUCACUUCCUAUUCCAUUGUUUUAAUCUGUACUUCUAUACAUCUUUGAUUCUGUUUUAAUCUAAAUAAAAUUAUUAUCACUUUGA